UCUUCCGCUCCGGUUCGGCGACACUCCACGUUCCGGCCCGGUCUCCCCCCGGUGCGCGGCGCCCAACCCCACCGACGCCGACGCGGCUCAGCGAGUGCGGGAGUGAGCGAGCGAGACUGCGAGAGUGCCCAUCCGCCCACUCCCACUCCCUCCUUCCCCAACCCCGGCCCCGGCGCCACCUUCCCCCUUCCAUCUCUCUCUCUCUCUCUCUCUCUCUCUCAUAUGGUCUCCCGCCGCGCGGCCCGCCACUGUCCCGCGUAAGGCGCAGCCAGCUGCAGCGUCUCUCCGUCCAUGGCCGCCGCGCGCUUCUUCUUCUUCUUCUUGCCCGUGAGCCUGCUCCUCCUCCUCGUCCUCCUGGCCGGCGCCGCGUGUGGCAAGACGGUCAAGAGGGACGUGAAAGCACUGAAUGAGAUCAAGUCUUCAUUAGGAUGGAGAGUUGUCUACUCAUGGGUUGGUGAUGAUCCUUGUGGUCAUGGUGAUCUGCCCCCCUGGUCUGGUGUGACCUGUUCUCAGCAGGGAGAUUACAGAGUUGUCACAGAACUUGAAGUCUACGCUGUAUCAAUAGUUGGUCCUUUCCCUACAGCAGUUACAAACCUUUUGGAUUUAAAAAGAUUGGAUCUCCACAAUAACAAGUUGACAGGGCCCAUUCCCCCACAGAUUGGACGGUUGAAACACCUCAGAAUAUUGAACCUGAGGUGGAACAAGCUUCAGGAUGUGCUUCCACCUGAAAUUGGUGAACUGAAGAAACUGACACACUUGUAUUUGAGCUUCAAUAACUUCAAAGGUGAAAUUCCUGUGGAACUUGCAAACCUACCAGAACUGCGCUAUCUUUAUCUUCAUGAGAACCGCUUUACUGGACGGAUCCCUCCUGAACUUGGAACUCUUAAGAACCUUCGUCACCUGGAUGUUGGUAAUAACCACUUGAUAGGCACCCUCAGGGAUUUCAUUGGCAAUGCGAAUGGUUUCCCUUCCCUGAGAAAUCUAUAUCUUAACAAUAAUGAUUUGACUGGUGUUGUGCCAGAUCAAAUUGCAAAUUUGACAAACCUCGAGAUACUACACUUGUCUAAUAAUAGGCUGAUUGGAUCAAUAUCACCCAAGCUAGUUCAUAUUCCAAGAUUGACCUAUUUAUACUUGGACAAUAACAACUUCAUCGGGAGGAUUCCUGAAGGAUUAUACAAACAUCCAUUUUUGAAAGAGCUGUACAUUGAAGGAAAUCAAUUUAGACCAGGAAGCAGAUCGAAAGGAACGCACAAGGUGCUUGAAUUACCUGAUGCUGACAUCUUGGUUUAGCAAGCUCAUACGUGGGAUUGUUGUUUAUUCUGGAUGAUAGCAGAGCAGCUAUCAUUCUACAUCUCCUCAGCAUGCAGCAACAAAAAUGUAUGCAUGUUUUUUAGGAAACAUAUAUGAUAUAUAUGUAUUAUUAGUACAGACAGUGUGUUUCUCAGAACUGUUCGACGACAAGUUUAUACACACAAAAAUGUACAUCAGAUGAGUGUACAGGCUUUGUUGCAUUUCUUGUAACUUAGGAGUACUGUGUAACGGAGAUGCACUUCAGAUGUAUUGCCAGCACAUUGCGUGGCACCGACAGUCUUGGUGUGGUUCAGUGUGCUCAAUGAUAUUUCUCUCAUAGUCAUACCACUGGACAUGAUCUGGCCUUUUGGAAGCAAAUUUAAGGUCGUGAGUCAUGACUAAUCGAAAUCAUAGGCAUGUGGGGAGGAGAAUAU